CAGAAUUCUAAUAAGAAUAUAAAAAAGCCAUUAUAAACUUGAUUUUCGAAAACACAUUCAAUUGUUAGUUCUAACGUGGAUUCUUGUAGUUCUGGAUUCAAUAUGACGGAGUCAGCAAUAGCCAACAGACACAAGGACUGUUUGCCGUGUCGGUUAGUGAGCGGGACCGGUGUCAUUGGCAUGGGCAUUUAUGUAUAUGUUCAAGCUAAAAAACGACCACAGGCUGUUGGACGCUCUGCUAUGUACGGUGUUGCGGCAGUUGCCGCCGGGAUCGGAGUAACCCGUAUACUCGAUGUUUACCCUUUCGGAACGCCAAAGGAGAAGUCCACCGAAUAGUUUCAAUUGUUUAUAUAUUAGGGUUUAUUAUAGACAGUAUAGUAUUUUUUAAGAAAA